UUGCACUAGUACGCUACGUACCUUCAUUCAUAGCGCCAGCUACUUCCUGUCUAGUGUCUCCUCCGACUCCAAUCCAAUCCAUCCCCACCCAUUCAUGGACCAUGGAUCAUCACCAUUGCAGCUUGCAGCUAUAGCAUAGUAGGUCGAUCUCCAAACCGAAGGGAGAGAGAGAGAGAAGAGCAGAGUAGAUCGAGCGAGGUUGAUCGGUCAGGCCACCAGGGACCAAGGGAGGCAAAGGGGUCCCGGAUCAGUAGGCGGCCGGCGCGGAUCGGAGAACCAGGCGAGACGCAAAGAGAGGAGGAGGAGGAGGAGGAGGACAUCCGGUUGGAGUACUCGGGAGAGGUAGCAGGACGACGAUGCUUGGAGGCCGUCCCCUCUUCGUGCUCUUCGGCUCCUCCAUCGUGCAGUACAGCUUCAGCAACGGCGGAUGGGGCGCCGCGCUUGCCGACAUCUACGCCCGCAAGGCUGACAUCCUGCUAAGAGGAUAUAUCGGCUGGAACACAAGGCGGGGUGUUCAAGUGAUGGACAAAGUGUUCCCUAAGGAUUCAGCAGUGCAGCCAUCUUUGGUAAUAGUUUACUUUGGUGGAAACGACUCCAUUGCUGCUCAUUCUUCCGGUCUCGGGCCUCAUGUGCCACUAGAUGAGUACAUAGGAAACAUGAGAAAGAUUGCAGAACACCUAAAGAGCCUCUCUGAGAAGACACGAGUCAUUUUCCUGAGCUGCCCACCUCUGAACGAGGAGAUGCUUCGAAACUCAACCAGUAGUACUAUACUGAGUGAGAUCGUCCGGACCAACGAAACCUGCCGUCUGUACUCUGAUGCUUGCGUAGCUCUGUGCAAGGAGAUGAACCUGAAGGUGGUUGAUCUCUGGCAUGCCAUGCAGAAGAGGGAGGACUGGAUGACUGCAUGCUUCACGGAUGGGCUGCAUCUGUCUGAAGAAGGGAGCAAUAUUGUGGUGGAAGAGAUCCUGAAGGUGUUGAAAGAGGCAGAGUGGGAACCAUGCCUGCACUGGAAGGCGAUGCCGACGGAGUUUGCUGAGGACUCCCCCUUCGAUCUUGUCUCCUCCAGCGGUGACGCCACCGUGAACCCGUCGGAGUGGACAAUCCACAGGAAAAUACCGUGGGACUGACUUGUUUGUGGCCUUGAUUGGCUCCAUGGCUGGAUGCAUACAUGCAUGCAUUUGUUCUGCCUUGAUGGAUUUGGAAUGAAUCAUGAUGCUCAAGAAUAACAAUGGAGGACUAGAGUUAAGGGAGCUGGUCAUGGCCGGGACAGUAUGAUACAGUCAUCUUAUCUAUUUGAUCAGACCUCGCUCUCUCGAAGACUGAUUGAUUAUUAUAUAUUGUGUUUUCCCCAUUAGUAUGGGUGUGUUCGGAUUGAUGGCAAGGUUGGCUAGGAUGCAUCCAUGUGUUUCAGGGAUAUAGCCAUUCAAGUUGUGUGUUCGAUGAUAUGUUGACGAGCCAAUUGUUUGGUUGGAUGCAAUGAGAAUACUCGACUA